AUGGCAUCCUCUCUAAAGGUCCUUGGCCCUAUCUUGGCCCUGCUAUUUCCCCUAUGUGGGCUGCUUAUACACAGCCAGAACCUUUCCUGGAGGGAAUUCAUGAAGCAGCACUACCUGAGCACAAGCUGGAAAUUCAGCGACUACAAAUGCGAUGAUCUCAUGAGGGAAAGAGGAGCUCCAAAAGACAGGAACUAUCACACCUUCAUCUAUACCUUGUGGCACAAAAUCGAGCAUAUAUGCCUCAGGAAGUGGAGAGAUCGUUACAGAAAUGUAUAUAUAUGGGCCCAGCAUCCCUUCAAAAUCCUCCAGUGCUACCAGGAGAGUAACAAAAAGGGCUACAGAGAGCAUAGCAGCUACAGCUACAUUGAAUUCCACUGUGGCAUGAAUGGGUAUGUGGACAGCAUAGAGGACAUCCAAUUGUUAGACAUCAAAAAUUAG